CAAGAUGGCGGCAGCGGAGGCGCCCGGGAGCCCGCCGCACCGUCCCGGCUGCUGAGGAGGGCCCCGCGCGGCUGGCGACGGACGGGCCGGGCCGAGGGCCGGCGAACGGGCGGCCGCCGCCUAGACGCGCCCCGCAGCCGGGGCUAGGCCGUGCGGCGGCGGCGCCGGGGGAUGCUCGUGCUGGGCCGGGCCUCUCCCUCCUCAACUUAGGGCGGCGGCGGGCCCGCGCCCCUUGCUCCCGGGCCAUGGCGCUGAGGGAGCUCAAAGUGUGUCUGCUGGGGGAUACAGGUGUGGGUAAAUCCAGCAUUGUGUGGCGGUUUGUGGAAGACAGCUUUGAUCCCAACAUCAACCCAACAAUAGGGGCAUCCUUUAUGACCAAGACUGUCCAGUACCAGAAUGAGCUACAUAAAUUCCUCAUCUGGGACACAGCUGGACAAGAACGAUUUCGUGCCUUAGCGCCAAUGUACUACCGAGGGUCGGCUGCAGCUAUAAUCGUCUAUGACAUCACAAAAGAAGAGACAUUUUCAACCUUAAAGAACUGGGUGAAAGAGCUGCGACAGCAUGGCCCGCCUAAUAUCGUGGUCGCCAUUGCAGGAAAUAAGUGUGAUCUUAUCGACGUAAGGGAGGUCCUGGAGAGAGACGCCAAGGACUACGCCGACUCCAUCCAUGCAAUUUUUGUAGAGACCAGCGCAAAAAACGCCAUAAACAUAAACGAACUGUUUAUAGAAAUUAGUCGAAGAAUUCCAUCCACGGAUGCCAGCCCGCCGUCCGGCGGUAAAGGCUUCAAACUCCGGAGACAGCCUUCAGAGCCAAAGCGGAGCUGCUGCUGACGGAGCCUCGGCCUCCGGGCUCGACGAUGAAGUAGGUGGUUCUGAAGGUUGGCAGGAGGGCUGGGGCCCUGUCACCAGGUGUCGCCCAGCCGAUCGUGGUUCUUCUCUGGGCACAAAGGAUUCACAGAAAUUGACCAGUUCCAUUUCCUCUCUGGAGACUGCAGCAGCGACCUUUCCGUCUGCGGACUCCUCUGUGUAAAGACUCUCUGGUGUUCAAAGGACGACAUCGCUGGCUCUUGACCUGCUGAGAAGGAGGGCGUGGUUGGCUGGAGGGUAGGGUGGCGCCUUGGGUAGUCUGGUGAUGGGACGUGUCUGUAAGGGGAAGAUGAGCACUUUGGUGGUUCUCGAGGGAAAGAUGACCCUGCGGAGAUGGUCAUUUCCUUGGGCUCCCGUCCCCCUGGGCGAGGGGGUUGUGUCAUUCACGUGUGGUGGCUCUUCAGCAGGGGUGGAGGGGAUGGCACUUACCCCGAAGGGAGCACGGGCUCCUCCUCAGUGACCCCACCCGGGGGGCGCCUUGGCCCCACCGCCGUCUCCAGAGCACCUGCCACUGAGCCCAUCAGCCCAGGCCUCGCACAGUCCUGUCCCAGCAGCAGAGGCCUGGCUCCCUCCAGGCCUGCCUCUGGCCCUGGCAUCUGUGGGUGUCACCAAGCACGCUCCUGGCACCUUGUUAAUAAGUAAGCGCUCACCGUCAGGACGGGGGUGGCAGAGAGGCUGCCUGGAGGAAACUGAAUGGCACGUGUUUAAACUGACCAGCGAUGGUGUAGAAAGAGAAGAAGCGAGAAAGGCAAGAAGUGGUGUAAAUGCUCUCGAUUUUUUAUUGAACCGAAUUAUUUUGGGGGAAGCGAUUACCUGUUGCUUAGCCUAUGUAGAGUUGUACUCUGUAUUUAUGAGACCUCUGCUCACAGAUGAUAAAUUAUGUACAUACACGAAUAAAUUCUGUGUUUGGUUCGGCACUCCCCUCACUCCUGCGGCCGCCCCCGCCUUGGCCUGUGCACCCCAGGCUCCUUGAGGCCCGUGGACACACUGCUCGGAGCGCAGGUGCCGGGCGCUGGGCUCACAGCCCGAGAGCUCCUCUGCCUUCCCUUCCCCCGCCCCACCCCAUCCCACCUGGAAGAGCCCGGAGACAUUCAGGCCCAUCUGGAAGUCCCCCUAAAGGCAUUCGCCACCUUGACAAGCCUGACCGGCCCUCCCUAGCCGUGGGGUAAAAGGAUGAAGCUGCCCGCUUGGCUCACGUCAUUUCCCGGUCUUGGUGAUAAGCUGCUUUUAGCUUUGACCAAGGCCAACCGCAGCCCAGCUGUUUUCAGGGCGCUUUCCUUGUUAGCAGUGUAGCAUGUCUUUCCUUUCCCUUCUUUUCCCCCUGCCUCUGCUCGUGGUUAACACGCUUCUCCCUCAGGGAGCCUAAUGAGGUUUUAAUAUAAUCUGAAAAUAAAGCGCUGAAGUGAAGUUGGUGAAAACUCGUUCCGGGUCUCAUUUGGCGCCUUCCACCCCGAGGACUGUGAGGGAAGGCAAUUCACGAGAUUAGAUAGGAAAUGAAACAGCUUGAAUCUCCAACUGAAUUGUGUUUUCAGAGCUAUCCUUAAAGUGAACAGUCGAAACUUUGAAAAAUAAUUGUUCUUUCUUUGUGCCCCCCACCUGAUCUGGAUAGAUUUUAAUGGGAAAAUUAUAACUCAGAUGAAGUGAAAAGCGAUUCCCUUUUCCCUGGUGGGGACUCUUCAGCAUUGGGAAUUGUUUAUUCUCUUACGGAGAUGCUAUAGAAGGGCUGGAGGUGGUGAAAAGUCUCACGUCGUCGUUUGGGUGACUCCCCCCAGCUUCCUGCUCCCUUCCCAGCGUGACCCCGGCCCAGGCUCUGAGGACGAGCGCCGGCACUUGGCACCUGAGGGCGGGUUCAUUUCUCUCCCAUACAUCCAGAUGGAUCGGGCCUCAGACCACCGUCCGGUUAGUCCCCAGCUCUCCCACUGCCGGGCCUCUGUCUCCAUGACAACAAAACAGAAACAAAGGCUGCUGGACUCGUGGCUGAGGAGGCAGUGCCUCUGUGCCCUUUCUGUCUCCUUUCACCAAAAGAUGACGCAAAUCUGUGACCUUCACAUGUCCCCCCCCCGAACCUGUCAGUCAGGGCGGAGGAUCUCGUGGUGUCUGGGCGCACAGGGAAAGGCAGCGUGUCACCGUCGCUAAGGCCUCCAAAUGCCUCUUCCUGCCGUGACAUUUACCGCGUGGAGCCAGCCCGGCCCUGGCGCAGCCUCUCCAGCUGCUCGCUCUCCCUGGUGGCUCCCGCUCCUUCCCACCUGUUCCGAGCAUCUUCUGUUGCUGGGUUACUUUUUUCCCAUGUAGUAUCUUUUUAAUGCUUGAUGGCAGCCGCACAAUCCGUACUCGAUGGAAAAUGGGGGGAAAGGUUUUCGGGUUCUUUGUGUGCUUUUUAAAAUGCAAAGGUGACUGUCAAAAGCGGAAGCAGUGGGGUUUGGGUUUUUUUGCUUUUUGAACGCACUUUUGGAUCAUUAACGUGACUAAACGAUGAUCUAAUACACGUUUUAUAUGUUCUCUCUUUCUUCGUUCAUUAUGAGAGAAAAGCUAGAUUUUACAGGAAGGGAGACCUGGCCCAUCUCUACAUACCUUCUUUUGAUUCUUCCUGUGAUGACACAGGGCCAUUUUUUCGAACAUUGGGGACUGAAAAGAGAAAAAUCAUUAAUUAGCUGCAAGUGUACCUGGAUUCCUCUCAGAGAAAUUGAAAUAAGCUCUUUGCAGGUGUCCAAUCCUGGUAGCCACUGGUCUCCAGAACUCUCCUUUCACACAAGUGUUUUUCCGGUUCUGUGAUAACUAAUUAACUAUCAUUUGGUGAUUAAAAGAUCCUACAGUAGGAGCGUGAUUAAGUGUCCUUCAUCUUAAACUCUCUUUACGAGGUGAUUAGGGCGACGCACCUACUGCAAAAGCCCUUCUGGUUCCACGUGAAAAAUCUCCAUCACUUUUUUUUCUCCCAUCAGAAGAAGCUGUGCACGUGGCAGCAGAAAGGUUUGGUUCCUUUAAAAUAACCCACCGCCUUGUCGCCUGUUUCUGAUUUUAUUUCAAGUGCCUGCCUCCCAUUGUACACACACAUCCUAGAUGCCUCCCUGUGUCUGAAAGGAUUGAGCCUUUUGUGUCGGAGACGUCACCUCCUUCUGCUCCAAGCGGGCUGGUGAUGUCCUUCUUGAGGUUAUCGGGUUUUAUUAUUUGUAAAGUCUAUAGAAAGGGAAAGAAAUCCACAUUUAAUUUCAGAACUUCCCUUUAAGUUUUGUAUUUAUUUCUUUCCUGUUCUUGAGAUGGAAAAUAGGUCUGGGAGACCUUCUGCAUUACACACACUCUGGAAGACGCAGUGAGGAAGCGUCCUUAGACGACAAACCAGAAUAUUGUGAUGGCGCCGUGUUUAAAACAGGCCGGUUUGGAGUUCCCUGCUGGAUCGGUGGGCUAAGGAGCUGUCAGUGUCACUGCUGUGGCUCGGGUCACUGCUAUGGCACCGAUUCGACCCCUGGCCCAGGAACUCUGCAUGCCACGGGCACAACCAAAAAAAAAAAAAAAAAAUGGACAGGUUUAAUUCGGAUCACACUGCACUAAUUGGCAUGUCAGCCUCAGAGCUUGAAAAGGCAUUUGUUCAUUGUUUUAUAGUCUGAGAGUAAGUUGCAAAAGAGGUUAUAUAAAUUCUCAUAAGCAUUUCUUCACUCAUUUUUUUGGGAACACGCUGAGAGUGUGAUUCAUGGCCCCUUAGCAUAUAAGAAAUAUGUACGCAGUCUGUUAUAUAUGAGACAGAUGAGCCCCUGCACGUUCAGAUGUCUUUGCAAGAACCUGUAUAAGUAAUGAGAGAAUCGUUUCCUUCUGGGGAAAAGUUCCUGGAAUUCCCUGAACUCGCAUGUAUGCUAGGUACCUGCUUAGAACAUCUGGGGGAGACGGCAGUGAGGGCCGCGGGCUGGCUCUCCUCCCUGCACUCAUUAGGCUGCACAUGUCGCUCCCGUCUCCGUAAUGAAAGUUAAACGACAGAGAUAAGCUGGAGAGCGGAAACCUGUAAAAAUCCUUCCUCAUUUAAAUUUGCUUGAAAGGGACCAGAAGCGGGAUUUCUGUUUACCGUUGGACGGCGGGAGGCCAUCUACCUCUUAACGGUUAAUAUUUUUUAAAGGAAGAAACAGAAUGUACCUUCAGGGGUCCCGCCGUUACCACUGUAUACCUGCCCUCCGUUGGCCUGGUCCAUCACAGAUGUUUAAAUGACUCCAGGGAGCGACCCGAAGAGGUGUGUUAACUCCUGUGGUGCUGGGGCAAAAAAUCGUCCAAGCGACAGAUUCAUCCAGGACGUAAACAUUGUCCUGUCUAGUCUUGGCGAGGGGAGGUCGGUCAGGGUGGGGUUUAGCCUGGGACGGAAAGAAACCACCUCUGCCAGUUCCUCCUGACGGCAGAGUUACUGACUCCCAGGAAUAGAAGUCCAGGCAAUGUGAUGAUCCGAUUUGCAGGGAACAUUAAUGGAAUUCGGGGGCAUUUGUCCUGUUUUAUGUGCAAAUGAAAGUCUAAUAAGUACUAGGAGACUAUUGCGUUUUCCGGGAGCCUCCACUUCUUCAAUCUGAGAGAUGACAAGUGAGCGAAUUGAGACUCUCCAUAUUUCUCAGUCGGUCCUUCAGGAUUCUCUUAGCACAUAGGAAAAAUGAUUUAUUUUCCAAAUCUAGAAGGACUUCCAGUGGCAUCGAUCAGCUUUAAUUUGAUGGUCUCUACCAUCAGAAAUAACUAAUAUCUGUGUUCUUCCCUUCUAGAGUAUAAUCAAUUCUAGACAGGCUAGAAUAUUUCUGACUUCACAGCAACAGCAUUCAGAAGUCUAAUAAAAAGAAAAAUCUUAAAUCUUCCAUCCUUCCCUUUCAUUACCUUGAAUCUUCUAGAUGGAGAGUGAGAUUAGGAUGUGUCAUCUGUAGAUGCUAGAAUUAAAACCACGGAGGCUUAGCAGACUUCACAGCAUUUUAUUCACCAUUUAUUGCCAGCUCAUUCUCAGGUCUGCACCGUCCUGGUGCCCAUUGUGCCCCAUCCAAACCCUUCAUAAUGGAAACAAACAAAAUUCCGGGGAGCUUUCUGCCAACAGGAACUCACGUGCCAAGAAUUCAGCCAGUUAAUGGGAAAUCUCGAGACAGUAAUGGGUUUUUCGAAAGCGCCUUCUCUAAUUGGCAGUUUUAAACCCUAGACCUUAAUUAGCUCCGUAAUCAAAGAAAAACAAAAUACUGGUUUUAAGGCAAAAGAAACAAAAUACCGGUUUUGAGGCAACUUCUUGAUUCAGGGGAACUUUUCCGUGUUUCCGAGAGCAAAUGGUUUAGUGUGGCACUUGAGAGGAAGCCAUCUCGGAGAGGGCGUUGCACGCCCGGGGCCCCUUGUCGUCGCUCAGAGUUGAAAUUGACCGGGAUCCCCCCGCCCCUACUGUCCCCUGGAGAACCAAGCCCCGGGGAGUGGGUCCCCCCAACCUGACACCUUCGGCAACGCCCAGCAGCCUUGCCUUCACCUGGGGCCUCAGCCCUUCAUUCAUCUGAAUUUUUUCACGACAUUCGUACUUGAGUAAUCAGCUUCAGCCCCGGAAAAUGGCAAGGGCGGGUCCGGAUGUGUGUCCCUCCGCUUAGCUUACUUUGCGGGAGGCUGUGACCGCUCAGGAACCUUUUUCUUCCACGGAUCGGGCACGUGAUGCUGGAGCCCCAGCGGUCCGUUGGUGGGCAGUAGCCUCAGUGGCUGGCUGGGCAGAGCAGCUGAUUGGUGGCUCUAUUUUUUUUUUUUUUUUUUUUUUGUCUUUUUGCUAUUUCUUUGGGCCACUCCCACAGCAUAUGGAGGUUCCCAGGCUAGGGGUCGAAUCGGAGCUGUAGCCACCGGCCUACACCAGAGCCACAGCCACGCGGGAUCCGAGCCACGUCUGCAACCUACACCACAGCUCACGGCAACGCGGGAUCGUUAACCCGCUGAGCAAGGGCAGGGACCGAACCCGCAACCUCAUGGUUCCUAGUCGGAUUCGCUAACCACUGCGCCACGACGGGAACUCCCGGUGGCUCUAUUUUUAAACCAUUUGUCAUUUUGUGUAGACGGACCCUUAUUGCCCUGGGAAGGAUUUUUUUUUUUUUCCUUGUUCUCCUAGCUCGGUCUUUUUAUCAUCUUACUUUGUGAGUCACUCACAUAAUUGUCAGUCAUGCCUCUGACCUUCAGAACUGACGUCUUGCCUUCUCUGUGAUCGAAGCCAACUUCUUGCCUUAUUUCUCUUCUCAUUUUGCUGUGGGCUGUCCCUUAAAGACGCAGGCCACCAAGCCACCGCCGAGGCGCAUGUGACACGCCUUCCCAGGCUGCCUCACCUGGUCGCAGCUCUAGGGUCUGCCCACCCCGUCCAACAGGAGAGGCAAAAGACAAUGCAGAGAAACCACUCAGAAAACACAAAGGCUAACUUGAGGGGAUGAAAUCAGUAUUUCCAGAGAGGGAAUGGGCAGCUCUAGCUUAUAGCAACAACGUGACUGCGUAACAAAAUGGUUUUUUUUACUGUUGGUGAUGAGACAGUUUAAGUGUCAGAACUUGGCUUAAUGUGUAACAGAGCAUUCGUGAAAGUAUGUAAAACUCCCAAGUGUGAAGUCUUGAAGAGAAACAGCUAUAGAGAUGAGUCUAGACACCUUAAAAAGAAGAAAGAGCUAAGCUGUUGUACCAGCAAUUCUUAUUUCUCCUGCGAACGUCAUGCCUUUUCAAGAUGUGAUGCAAGGAGUAAGGUAUUUGUGCCUUUUUAUAAUCACGUCUAUUAUGAGAAAAAUAAAAAUCAAGUUGCUCACAGUUGAGGCCGCCUCGUUGCACUAGAUAUAAAAACAGCCCAGACUUACAGCCGAGGCUUCUCUGCAUGACGCAGUGCUUGAGCACCUGUGAUGACAUAUCGGAAUGAUGGUUUGCCAAGCGUACAUGGAUAUCUGAAGACUUUAUUUUUGCAGUCAGAACCUUAGGCUGGACCUGAGUCUGUGGGUGUAAACCAUAUGGCGUCUGUAUCGUGCGUAGAUGCGGACGAAAGAAAGCAAGAUCUUUGCAUUUUCGUUGUAAGAUUGUUUUUUUCCUCUUUAUACUUAGGCUGGUAGUAGAUAGUUUGCAAAUGGUGGUUGAUGUGGCAUACUUUUAAACUGUAUUGUUUUAGCUUGAAUAUUCUAUACUAAACUUUUACAGAAUAUGACAUGCUAAGUCACUACAAAACUUGUAUUGUAAGGAGAGUGUAAACAUUUUGUUAAUAAAAUGCUAUGUUUACAAAUA